AUGGUGUGCCGCAUGGGCAUCAACGGCUUCGGCCGCAUUGGGCGGUUGGUUUUCCGUGCCGCGAUGGCCAACCCAAAUGUGGAGGUCGUUGCUGUGAACGAUCCUUUCAUGGAUGUCCAGUAUAUGGCUUACCAGCUCAAGUUCGACUCCGUCCACGGCAAGUAUCCUGGAGAAGUGACAGUGAAGGACGGCAGUCUGGUUGUUGAGGGCAAGGUUAUCCAGAUCUUUUCCGAGAAGGACCCUGCGGCCAUUCCUUGGGGAAAGGUCGGUGCGCACUACAUCUGCGAGUCUACUGGAGUCUUCACGAACAAGGAGAAGGCGGGACUUCACGUCACCGGCGGUGCAAGGAAGGUUAUUAUCUCUGCGCCACCUAAGGAUGACACUCCGAUGUUUGUGAUGGGUGUCAACCAUGAAGAGUACACGUCGUCUCACCAGGUGGUAUCCAACGCAUCUUGCACAACCAACUGCUUGGCUCCCUUGGCAAAGGUUGUGCACGAGAAGUUCGGCAUCGUUGAGGGCCUGAUGACAACAGUGCACGCGAUGACUGCAAACCAGCUGACUGUUGAUGGGCCGUCCAAGGGUGGGAAGGACUGGAGGGCAGGACGCUGCGCUGGCAGCAACAUUAUCCCAGCCACCACCGGCGCGGCAAAGGCUGUGGGCAAAGUUAUCCCCUCACUGAACGGCAAGCUUACUGGAAUGGCUUUCCGCGUUCCUGUCGCUGAUGUGUCAGUUGUUGAUCUUACAUGCAGACUGGCAAAGCCUGCAAAGUAUGAGGACAUUGUCGCUGCCAUUCGCGCUGCUGCUGAGGGCCCACUGAAGGGUAUUUUGGGCGUUACAGAGGAUGAGGUCGUGUCCCAGGAUUUCUGUGGCGACAAGCGCUCUUCCAUUUUCGAUGUUAAGGCCGGCAUCCAGCUCAAUGACAACUUCGUAAAGCUCGUUUCGUGGUAUGACAACGAGUGGGGUUAUUCCAACCGUCUGGUUGACCUUGCAGUGUACAUGUCCCAGAAGGACGGCAACUGA